CACAUUCUCUUCUGCAAAAGCUAGGUUCCCUGAUUAAUUCGUAGUGAGUGGAAGUGUAGCGCGCUCAGGGAGUAAGUCCGUAUUUUUGUGCCGACGGAAGAGAGCACCAAAUUUUGGCAAAAUGAACACCGUUUUAUCCCGAGCGAACACAAUAUUUGCCUUUACGCUCAGCGUCCUGGCAGCUCUCACGUUUUGUUGUUUUCUGACGACGGCUUUCGACGGCAGUGUUGCCCCAUUUUACGUGGAGACAUCGAAACAUCUGGUAAAGAACGCAUACAACCAAAAUGGAGAAAAGGUGGACCGUGGCCACAUCACCUUUGACCUGACCUCUGACCUGGACCCUCUGUUUAACUGGAACACCAAGCAGCUGUUUCUUUACCUCAUGGUGGAGUAUGAGACACUACAAAAUAAACUUAACCAGGUAGUGCUGUGGGAUAAGAUCAUUGUCCGAGGAGGCAAAGCUAAUCUGGACCUCAAGAAUGUCAACCUGAAAUAUCCAUUUUACGACGACGGUAGUGGUUUAAAAGGUCACGAAAACAUCACAAUGACGCUGAAUUGGAAUGUCAUUCCAGGAGCCGGGUUGCUGCCAAGGAUCACAGGCGAUGGCAAACAUGUGUUUGCGUUCCCCAAUGAGUACAGUACCAAGAGAAUAUAAAGAAACCUCAUGAAUUUUCUUCACCGAAUUUUACAACCUGUGCCAAGAUUUCACGAGGUGCCUUGUUGGAGUGUUUAUCUUUGAUCCUGUGCAGUAUUUACAAGUGUAUGUUGGCGCACCUGUGGACAAUUUUCUUGUAUCAUCCAUUACUCUGCACUCCAACAUGGAUUCUCGGGAAACACCUCCAUGGCCUUGUGUGAAGGACUUGGCUACAGUUACAGCCAGCUCUAACACUUGAAUGUAUGAAGGUAACUGGCUUGUGCCUGCCGCUUCUCUCCAUGGACCUGUUUGCUGUUGCUGGUUUAUGAUUCAGACCUCAGCCUGUCACACACCGAAUGCUUAAAUUAUGUUGGAAGCAAUGUGUAUUAUUCAAAACGGUUUCUUUGUGAAAGCAAGGUGUAGGCCUACAUGUUUUAUUUUACCUCAGAGGACAGAACAUAAAGGGAACAAAGUUGCUUCCCUGCCCUUCAGUAGUGGUCAGCAGUGUGGUAGUCGAGUCUUUCAUAAGUCCCUGCAAGCCCAUUACAAGUCAUGCAGUCUUAAGCCAAGUCACAGUGUGCAAGCAUUCCUUUGUCCAUGUCCACCCUGUUACUUAUGACUGGCCUCGUGAAAGGACUUGUGAUGGACUCGACUAACGAUAGUCAGUCUUUUUCACUGUCUGGGAUCGUACAGUCCAGUCGGAGGGUUAGUGGGCAAAAAUCCAGUGUAGUUGUCGAGUUCAUUCCAAGUCCCCGCAAGGCCAUCACAAGUCAUCCAGUCUUAAAGUCAUAGGCUAUCUAAAUGAACUGUAACAGAGGUAUUCCUUUGUCAUUCUUCACCCCGCUACUUGCGACUGGACUUGUGAAGGGACGAACAGGGUGUGUGGCAGACUACAGCACCCCAGAAGCCAUGCCAAAAUUUAAACCGUACAUGUUCGUGUUGAAUAAAUGCAUGUGAAGGACAGUUUUGAGUUAGCCAGCUAAGACGUUUUUUCAUCUGUUUCUGUAAUUGAGGGUUGCUCAGAUAAUGCAUUUAACUCUCCACAGUAUUUUUAAAAUGGAUGCAGAUAAACAUUACAUUUGUACAGAAUGUGCAGAGAGUAAAAAUAAAAUUGUGAUGUUUUGGAAUGGAAAAUGAGAACAGCAUAUUAGUUUUCGUUUGAAUUGAAUGCAGUGAAAGAUUUGUCACUCAUGGUCCAGGAAAGAGACCCUCGGAUAAUUGUACUGUCCUUUUAGAACAACGUAAGGAACUUAAAUUUUUAAGAGCACUUUGCAUACCUUCUUGUUUUAGAGUUUCUCGACUGUGGAUGUUUUUUCUGUUCUUUGGUCUUGAGGGGAAAAGUUUUCAUGUUUUAAUUGCAUUUUUGUGGAGGGGUGGAAAUUGUGGUUGGAAAUUCACAUCAUAAAUGCUGACAUAAAUUAGUUAUGGUGUUGCGGAUGUACAUUUCAUGACUCCUGUUUUCAUUUAAUCAUUUUAUUCAGUCAAGGUACUGUAUUAUAUCCAUAAAGCAUGGCGUCAGCCUUGUUUGGUGGCUUUAAAUUUACAGUGCAAUUGAUUUAUACCAGUACUUGCCUCACCCUUGUCCAUGGUGUCGUUUUGGUUAAGGUUGGCACUCGCAAUCUGUGGUUAUGUACAAAUCAGGCACAAGACUUGGGCUUUGCCCCCCCCCCCAAAGAAGAGGAAACACUUCAAGUAACCGGCUCAGUGAGUUGGUAACUUGGGUUGAGUAAGUACGAUAUACCAUGUGUCAAAUUGAAUGCUGUUGCACUUUCGGGAGAAGGCGCUGGAUGUAGUAAUCCAAUGCGCAUAUUAAACAUUGGCAACCAUGGCAACCUC